CUCCAGCCGUGGCCUCCUUCUCAGCUCCAGCCGUGGCCUCCUUCUCAGCUCCAGCCGUGGCCUCCUCUGCUGCUCCAGCUCCAGCCGUGGCCUCCUCUCCAGAAGUUUCAGUGGCAUUUUCUUUACUCAGUCCAGACACAGAUAUUUAUAUCUCAGAUGAAGAUGAGUAUGAUGUUGACCUGAAAUCAUUGUUAAAUACAAUGUCAAACAAAGUGGAUUUUACAGCUGCACCCAUUUCCAACCAAAUCAAUGUAACACGAUGCAACAUCCUAGACAGUGGCAUCAGAGCCUUCCGACGCCAACGUUUUAACCCUGAGGCAAAACUAGAUGUUGUGUUCAGAGAUGCUGAUGGGAUUGGUGAGGGAGCCGCUGAUGAGGGUGGACCAACGAGAGAAUUUUUAACUUUGCUGAUGAGGGAAAUCCACUCAUGCGAAAUAUUUGAUGGAGAGGACUGGAAAAAAACACUUGCCUGCAAUUCCAAAGCACUGUACAAUGGAAUGUACAAAAUAGUUGGACGGAUGAUAGCUGUGUGCCUGAUACAUGGUGGUGUGGAGCCAAAUUUUUUUUCAGAAAGACUGUUCUGUCAGGUGUGCAUCCUUCAGCCCCCAGUACCAGACCUUCAAGAGAUUGCUGACUAUGACUUCAGAGCAAAGAUGACCAAGAUCCAGUUGGCACAGAAUGUAAAUGAAGCACAGUGUGCUAUAAUGGAGGCGUCUGACCAAUUAAGUAUGCUGGGGUCUCUAUGGCACAUCCAGACGCUAGAAGACAGAGACAACUUAGUGGAAUCAGCUACCAAGUUUUUCAUCGAGAACAGGUUGAGGGAUUCCUUGGAACAAUUUAAAGAGGGCCUGGAGUGUCUUGGGCUUUUACAUUUGAUGCAAAAGCAUCCUCAGCUCUUUAAAGAAGUAUUUAUGUAUGAGGAGAAGCCACUUUUGGCCGAAGACAUAUCUGCUUUGUUUAAAGCAGAACUUUCUCCAGUUGGCAGCAACAGGAGAGUAGUGGAGAGUAGAACAAUCUGUUUCUGGAGGGACUGGCUCAUAGAAGUGGAAGAAGGAACUGCAUAUCCACUCACCUUAGACAAGAUUCUUGGAUUUGUGUCAGGAUCUACUGCUAUUCCGAGGCUAGGGUUCCCAGUGGAACCCAAAUUGGAGUUCUUACACCCUCAAGAGAAUGAGGCCCCUAAAAUUUUUCCAGAGGCAAAUACCUGCAGCAUUGUCUUGAGGCUACCAAUCCAUCCCAGCUAUGAACUCUUCAGAGAAAACAUGGAAAGUGGUAUUUUGCAAUCCCCCACUUUUGGAGUGAUGUAGAAAAAUUGUGUUGGCUGUUACUGAUGUAAUAGUUUUAAAUAUUUUCAUGUUUUAAAGUUUUAUUAUGAAACAUGAAGAGCUAAAUUGGCACACCACUGCUCUAAGAGUAGAAAAAUAUUUAUAUUCUCACCAAAAGUGACAUU